AAUUAUAAUAUUAAUUCCUUCCUCCAGCUUUCUGCAAGCUCAAUUCCCCCUCCUUCCAUGGCGGCCUCCAAGAGAGUGUUCAUCUUCGGCAAGGGAAAGAGCGAAGGGAACAAAAACAUGAACUCCUUGCUGGGUGGCAAAGGCGCGAAUUUGGCAGAGAUGGCGAGCAUAGGACUGUCAGUUCCUCCAGGCCUGACAGUAUCGACUGAAGCCUGUAAGGAAUAUGAAGAGAAAGGGAAGAAGCUUCCGGAUGGGCUCUGGGAGGAGAUAAUGGAGGGAUUGAAAUAUGUUCAGGAGGACGUGGGGAGAAGCUUGGGAGAUCCUUCUAAUCCACUUCUGCUCUCCGUUCGAUCCGGUGCUGCUAUAUCGAUGCCCGGGAUGAUGGAUACGGUGCUGAACUUGGGAUUGAAUGAUGAAGUGGUGGAGGGGCUGGCUCGCAAAAGCGACCCCCGAUUUGCGUACGACUCCUACCGACGCUUCCUUGACAUGUUUGGGAAUGUGGUGAUGGACAUUCCCCAUUCACGAUUUGAAGAGAAGCUUGAAGCACUGAAGGCGUCGAAAGGAGUGAGCCUCGACACACAGCUCUCCGCCUCCGAUCUCAAGGAAUUGGUUUCUGAAUACAAGAAAGUUUAUGUCGAGAUCAAAGGAGAGGAUUUCCCUGCAGAUCCAAAAAAGCAGCUGCAUUUGGCGAUUUUGGCGGUGUUUAAUUCAUGGGACAGUCCAAGAGCAGUCAAGUAUCGGAGCAUUAACAAUAUCAAAGGGUUGAAAGGAACUGCUGUGAAUAUCCAAUGCAUGGUGUUUGGCAACAUGGGCAACACUUCUGGUACUGGUGUGCUUUUCACAAGGAAUCCAAGCACUGGGGAGAAUAAGCUUUAUGGAGAGUUUCUCAUUAAUGCUCAGGGAGAAGAUGUAGUUGCUGGAAUUAGGACACCAGAGGAUUUGGACGCCAUGAAACUCCGCUUGCCAGAAGCCUACAAUGAACUUGUAGAGAAUUGCAGCAUUCUAGAGAAGCACUAUAAAGAUAUGAUGGACAUUGAAUUCACCGUUCAAGAAAAUAGGCUGUGGAUGCUGCAGUGUCGAACAGGGAAGCGCACUGGCAAAGGUGCUGUGAAAAUUGCCGUGGAUAUGGUUAGGGAAGGCCUUGUUGAUACUGACUCUGCUAUCAAGAUGGUAGAACCAGGGCAUCUAGACCAACUUCUCCAUCCACAGUUUGAGAAUCCAUCCGCAUACAAGGACAAAGUCAUUGCCACUGGCUUGCCUGCAUCACCUGGUGCUGCAGUUGGCCAGGUAGUGUUUACUGCUGAAGAUGCUGAGGAAUGGCAUGCAGAAGGGAAGAGUGCUAUUCUGGUACGGGCAGAAACCAGUCCAGAGGAUGUGGGGGGCAUGCAUGCAGCUGCUGGAAUUUUGACUGCCAGAGGGGGCAUGACUUCUCAUGCAGCCGUUGUGGCUCGCGGCUGGGGGAAAUGUUGUAUUUCCGGCUGCUCUGAUAUUCGUAUCAAUGAUUCACAGAAGAUUAUUGUUGUUGGAGACAAGGUGAUACACGAAGGUGACUGGCUAUCUUUAAACGGAUCAACUGGAGAAGUAAUAUUAGGAAAGCAACCACUAGCUCCCCCAGCUCUUAGUGGAGAUUUAGGGACAUUCAUGUCUUGGGUUGAUGCGAAGAGGAAACUUAAGGUUAUGGCAAAUGCAGACACACCUGGAGAUGCAGAGACAGCUCGAAACAAUGGUGCCCAGGGAAUUGGACUGUGUAGAACGGAGCAUAUGUUCUUUGCUUCUGAUGAAAGAAUAAGGGCUGUAAGGCAGAUGAUAAUGGCAGUGACCCCUCAGCUGAGGCAAAAAGCAUUGGACCUGCUUUUGCCUUAUCAAAGAUCUGAUUUUGAAGGCAUUUUCCGAGCUAUGGAUGGACUUCCUGUGACAAUUCGACUGUUGGAUCCUCCACUUCAUGAGUUUCUGCCAGAAGGUAACAUUGAGGACAUUGUGAAAGAAUUGACAUUGCAAACUGGCAUGCCGGAAGAUGAGAUUGUCUCCAGAGUUGAAAAACUUUCUGAAGUGAAUCCCAUGCUCGGUUUUCGUGGAUGCAGGCUUGGGAUAUCAUAUCCUGAGUUGACUGAAAUGCAAGCACGUGCAAUCUUUGAAGCUGCCAUCUCCAUGAGCAAUCAAGGUGUCAAAGUUUUUCCAGAAAUAAUGGUUCCACUUGUUGGAACACCUCAGGAAUUGGGCCAUCAAGUGAGUUUAAUACAAAAAAUAGCUGAAGAAGUCUUCAGCACAAUGAAUGCUAAAGUAAGCUACAAGGUGGGAACGAUGAUUGAAAUCCCUAGAGCUGCCCUGGUAGCAGAUGAGAUUGCAGAGUAUGCAGACUUCUUCUCUUUUGGAACUAAUGACCUAACACAAAUGACUUUCGGCUAUAGCAGAGAUGAUGUUGGGAAGUUUUUACCAAUUUAUCUGUCAAAGGGCAUGCUCCAACAUGAUCCAUUUGAGGUUCUUGACCAGAAAGGAGUUGGGCAGCUUGUCAAGUUGGGUACUGAAAGAGGUCGAAAGGCUAGGCCUGACCUAAAGGUUGGAAUAUGUGGUGAGCAUGGCGGAGAACCUUCUUCAAUUUCCUUUUUCGCAGAAGUUGGACUUGACUAUGUAUCAUGCUCGCCAUUCAGGGUGCCAAUUGCGAGGCUAGCAGCAGCUCAGGUGGCUGUCUCGAAGUAGUUCAACCGCUGUACAUGAACUUCAAAAUAAACAGCAUCUAUCAUCCAUCUAUAGGAAUUGGUGUAUAUAUCAUUGGGAUGCCUCUGUGAACUAUGGACUCUAAUGCUUUUUGGCUCUAAGAAGCAUUGUGCUUUUGUUUGUAUGCCUUUUUGUGUUUUCGGUCGUGUUUGGUAUGAUUGUAGCUGUUUGCAACAUUGUUUAUUAUUUUUCAAAAUUAUUAUUGUGGGCAUUACAA